CGGCUGCCGCUGCCGUUUUGCGGCGGGAUGAGGGUGAUCGACACUGUCCAACCCCAGACCCCAACAACACCGCAAUCGCACCUUCUCCAACAGGCCAAUCUAUCAACCUUUUACCUAUGACUCUUCCUGUACCCCAACAUCUUAUCGCUACCUUGAUGAGCGUGCCGUGUCACUUCACGACAUGCACCAUGGGUACCGUUUCACUACGAUAGGCAAUUGAUGCCUCUGUCUUCGAGGCACGAUAUCAGGUGGCGCGAUAUGGUAGAUCCAUUGCUAUAGAUAUAACGGUGUGAUCCCUCUCUUCUGUGUGUAGUUAGACGCCCUGUUCUGCGAUUAAACAUAAUAUAGCAUGUCGUCCUCAGCACAAAUCUUGCCUGUUGGCGCUGGUUAUGGCGUCGUCGUUGGAGUGGGAUUCUUCUUUGCUUUUGUCAUGAUGGGUAUCUCCCACCUCCAGAACAAAUAUACGAGCUUCAACACCAAGACUAGCGAAGAGUUCAACACUGCAUCUCGAAGCAUCAAGCCUGGUCUCAUCGCAUCUGGUAUCGUUUCGGCGUGGACGUGGGCUGCCACUUUGCUUCAGAGCUCCACUGUAGCAUAUCAGUAUGGAGUCGCUGGACCCUUUUGGUACGCUGCUGGCGCGACAGUUCAGAUUCUCAUGUUCUCCAUCCUGGCAUGCAAGGUCAAAAUGAACGCUCCUAGAGCUCACACGUACCUUGAAAUUGUCCAGGCCCGCUACGGUAGCGCCGCUCACAUCACCUUCCUAUUCUUCGCUUUUGUCACGAAUAUCCUAGUGGGAUCACAACUACUGCUAGGAGGCUCCGCCGUCGUAACAAGUUUGACUGGCAUGAACGUCUAUGCCGCUAUCUUCCUCAUUCCAGUCGGAGUGUGCGCCUAUGUGGUUCUUGGCGGACUGCGUGCGACCUUCCUCUGCGACUACAGUCAUACUUUGAUCUUGAUGAUCAUUAUCCUGUACUUCAUGUUCAACGCAUAUGCGACAAAUGAUCUGAUUGGUUCGCCUGGAGAGAUGUAUGAGCUGCUUAAGAAGGCAGCCGUACAGAGACCUGUGGAAGGUAACGUGCAGGGCUCUUACAUGACCCUGAAGUCCAACUACGCCUUGAUCUUUGGUGUCAUUCAGUUAUGCUCUGGAAGUGGUACAGUCUUCCUUGACCAGGCAUAUUGGCAGCGUGCUAUUGCCUCUCGACCUUCUACAGCCGUCAGAGCUUACAUUCUGGGAGGCAUUGCUUGGUUCGCUAUCCCCUUCGGAUUCUCUACCACGCUCGGUCUUGCUGCUGUAGCAUUGACAGACAAUCCUCGCUUCCCGACCUUCCCUGGAGUUCCAACAUCUGGAGACAUCUCUGCUGGACUUGCAGCAUCGUACGCAGCACAAGCAUUGUUAGGCAAAGGAGGUGCAGUCGCCCUACUCAUCGUGCUCUUCAUGGCAGUCACCUCUUGCGCAUCAGCGGAAUUGAUUGCAGUUUCCUCUCUCCUCACCUUCGAUGUCUACAAGCGAUACAUUCGUCCUACCGCUUCACCCUCGAGUUUGAUCUUUGUCUCACACCUCAUGAUCUGUGCCUUUGGGCUUACGAUGGCUGUCUUUGCCUGCAUCUGGAAUAUCAUCGGCAUUGAUCUUGGCUGGUUGUUCUUGGUCAUGGGCCUUCUCAUUGGUGGUGCCGUCUUCCCUGCUGCAUUUGCGAUCACCUGGAGAGGGCAAUCAGCUGCUGGAGCCAUCAGUGGUGCAAUCGUUGGCUUGAUUGUCGGUAUCGCAGCUUGGCUCGCAACAGCAAAGGUCUACUUUGGCGAAUUGACCGUCGCGACUACCGGUACCGAGUACGCAACUCUAGCCGGUAACCUCGCAGCCAUCAUGACAGGUCUCAUCGUCACCGUCGUCGUAUCCCUCAUCAAGCCCCAAAACUUCGACUGGGCUAUCACAAGAAGCAUUAACGCAGAAAACGCAAAUCCAAUCGUGGAAUCACAACUUCAGAAGAAACCACUACAAGAGGAAAAAUUCAACACUUCAACCGCCAUAAACCCUUCAGCGGAAGAGAAACAACAACCUCCAGACAACGACACCUCAUCCACUCCUUCCCUCUCCACACCCGACACCGCCCCACUCCCCCUCACCACAGAAUCAGACGCCGAACGCGCCCAAGAUCUCCACGACGAAGAAUCUCCAAACUCCCUCCGAGGCGCCUUCAAACUCGCCUGCAUCGCUUCCUUUGUCCUAACCUUCAUCAUGGAUUUCUUACUCCCCAUGCCAAUGUUCUUCUCACACUAUGUGUUUUCCAAAGGCUUUUUCACCGCGUGGAUUGUGGUGAGCUUUAUUUGGGUAUUUACGAGUACGGCAAUUAGUGUGGUGUUGCCUGUUGUGGAGACGGCGGGCUUUUUGAAGAAGUUUGUCAGGGAUGUUGUGGGAGGGCAGAAGGGAAGUUCUUGAUGAGAUUGGUGGGUUCAGAGGAUGGUGGUUUAUGAUUCGUGAUGAGUUUUCAUGAGAUUGAUUUGACCUUGGGAUGUGAAGAGGGAGAAUGGCUAGAGCGGAAGAUGUAGAUUUCCUUCGUAGUGGAUUUUGAUGAUUAUCAAAAAUAUUAGCAGACUGCGUGCAAGAGAUAAUGAAUUUCGUCAAAACCCGGUAUCU